GAAUCCGUGCUUCCUCUCCUCCUCCUCCACCCCUCUCGGAUUCUCACCCAACACCGCCGUCCAGAGAAAUUCCCGUCGCGAAAUGGGUCCGAUCGUGGUGACUCAGCUGGCGACGGGCCUGAGCGUGUUGGCCGGGGCGGUCCUCGUCAAGUCGGUCAUGGACCAGAAGCCCAUGGCCGGCCCCUUCCAGCGGUGCCCCUCCUGCAACGGCACGGGCCGGGUCUCCUGCAUGUGCUCGCGGUGGUCGGACGGCGACGUCGGGUGCCGGACCUGCGCCGGUUCGGGACGGAUGGCGUGCAGCAGCUGUGGUGGGACGGGCACGGGUCGGCCCCUCCCGGUCCAGCUCUCGGUGAGGCGUCCCAACCCUCCUCCUCCGUCUUAAGCGGGCCGUGGGCGGCUUCUUCGUAAACUCUUAUAUUUCCGGUCAUAUGUAGCAGUUCUGAGAGCAACUCUGGUCUCUAAUACAUUUGUUUUUUUUUUGCCCCUUUCUCUCUCUCUCUCUCUCUCUCUCUCUCUCGCUUUCCUUUAGAAGAUUAAGUUAUGUAACAUAAGUUGGGAAGAUACUUGGAUGUAAUGAAACGAGAAUACUGCAAAUUCAGAUUAUUAUACGA